UUCAAAUCUAAUGACUUUUAAAGACUCGUAUACGAAAGAAGUAAGGUUCUGUCACAAGACAUGUUCCCACGGAGUGUUUUGAGACAAGAAAAUAACAAUUAACAAGUGACCCUAUAAUUAACUUCAAUUUUCGACAACUUGAGCUAUUUUAUCAUUAUCACCUCCAUUGCCAAUUCUCCUCUAUAGCUUGUGUGAGUAUAGAAAUAAGAGAUGGAAGAGAGAGUGAGUGGAUGUAGCCACGUCUUAAUGGUUCCAUACCCAAGUCAGGGUCACAUAAACCCAAUGCUCCAAUUCAGCAAGCGCUUGAGCACCAAAGGAGUGAGAGUCACUAUGGUCACAACCAUUUUCAUUUCCAAGUCCAUGCAUCUUCAAUCUUCUUCCUUGUUAGGAAAUGUUCAACUUGAUUUCAUAUCAGAUGGCUGUGAUCAAGGUGGUUUUGGUCAAGCUGGUAGUGUGUCAACCUAUUUAUCUCGCAUGCAAGAAAUAGGUUCCAAUAACUUGAGGGAACUCAUAAAAAAAUACAACUCUUCAGAUCACCCUAUUGAUUGUGUGGUAUAUGACCCUUUGGUUAUAUGGGUAUUGGAUGUAGCCAAAGAAUUUGGGUUAUUUGGAGCUGCUUUUUUCACUCAAAUGUGUGCAGUCAAUUACAUAUAUUAUCAUGUCUACCAUGGACUUCUUAAGGUCCCCAUUUCAUCACCUCCAAUCUCUAUUCAAGGGCUUCCUUUGCUUGAUCUAAGAGACACACCAGCCUUUGUUUAUGAUCCUGGAUUCUAUCCAGCUUACUUUGACUUGGUCAUGAAUCAAUUUUCUAACAUCCACAAAGCAGAUAUCAUUCUUGUCAAUUCCUUCUACAAGCUGGAGGAGCAGGUGGUGGAUUCCAUGUCAAAGCUAUGUCCAAUAUUGAUGAUUGGGCCAACAGUUCCAUCCUUUCACUUGGACAAGGCAGUCCCAAAUGACACAGACAAUGUUUUGAAUCUCUUUCAAGUAGAUUCAUCAGCCAUUAGUUGGCUGAGACAAAAGCCUGCAGGGUCAGUUAUUUACAUAUCAUUUGGCAGCAUGGUGUGCUUCAGCUCACAGCAGAUGGAGGAAAUAGCAUUGGGCCUAAUGGCAACUGGCUUCAACUUCUUGUGGGUCAUCCCUGAUUUGGAAAGAAAGAAUCUCCCAAAAGAGUUGGGGGAGGAAAUUAAUGCAUGUGGAAGGGGUUUGAUAGUUAAUUGGACCCCACAAUUGGAAGUGCUAUCAAAUCAUGCUGUCGGUUGUUUUUUCACACACUGUGGAUGGAAUUCAACACUUGAAGCAUUGUGCUUAGGGGUGCCAAUGGUUGCACUGCCACAGUGGACUGACCAGCCCACAAAUGCAAAAUUUGUUGAGGAUGUAUGGAAAGUGGGAAUCAGAGUCAAAGAGAAUGAGAAUGGGAUUGUAACAAGAGAAGAGGUUGAGAAUUGCAUCAGGGUAGUAAUGGAAAAGGACCUAGGAAGAGAAAUGAGAAUUAAUGCUAAGAAAUGGAAGGAAUUGGCUAUAGAAGCAGUGAGUCAGGGUGGUACUUCAGACAACAACAUCAAUGAAUUUAUAAAUAAUCUGAAAAGAUCCUAAACUAAAUAUCCCUUUUGGUGUCAAUUAAUAUUGAUUCCAUAAAUUGUAUUAGAAUUUUAUUUUCCUCUUGUCUGUUUAGUAGCUAUUAUAUGUUUAUGUCAUUCUAUGUUAAAUACUUAAAUUAUUGUAUAUACAAGCACCACACGUUUACUAGUUA